AUGGCUCAAAUACUUUCCCAAUACAUCGAGUUCCCAGGAUGGACCUGUACCGAUUCGGUACAAGCGUAUGUCGACCGCCUCAAGGAGCAGCUACCAGAUAACGUAUCUAAAACGAUUGUGGAUGCUCUUAUCCCUUCCGCAGCUGUGGAAAUGUUGCACAAAAGACCUAUUGUAACGGCUAUCGAGGGAAUGCUCGAGAUCCGCAAGGGGGAUACUGCCAUCGACAAGACGGAGACCAUGAUUACAUCUUGGAAGGAUCGACAGCGCCGAGGAAACUUGUGUGGAGAACGUAACCGUGUGGAGACCAAGAUAGCUGACCACCCUGACCUCUUCACUUCAUGCUCCUUGAUGAGAGAGACGCUGGGGCUCUUUCUUUUUCGCCAUCAGUUACUGGACGCUCCCUCGACGGUGCUUGAGAGUGAUGUCCAGCUGGCGGAAGCAGCGCUUGGUCGUAUCAAGCUCUUUGGAGGCGCCGCGAGGGCUGUUCUCGACGAACCACUGGCGUUGAAGGUGACCAUCAACUACUUCCAGGAAAGGGACUUUCACGUCGAGAACAACUCCAAGCAGGGCGAUCGGGAUAUCCCUCCAUUCUACUUCCCAGCCCCUCAUGUUUCAGGACCCGACAUCAUCUUUUUGUCAAGAUCAACGAUUGCAUAUGCCCCGUCUUUGUGCAACUGGUAUGUCAACUUGAGAUAA